GGCGGCGGCGGGCGCCCGUCAGAGCUGCUGUCGCCGGCCGGGUGCUGAGGCGGCGUCGCGCGGCGGCGGGCGCUGUCCAACAUGGAGGCGGUGCCGGCCGCGAGGCACUGAGGCAGCGCCGGGGAGCCAUGGGCAACGAGGCGAGCCUGGGGGGCGACGUCCCGGCCGGCGUGGACGCGGACCUGAGCCGGCUGAGCGCCGAGGAGCGGAGCCAGAUCGCCGCCGUGCUGUCGCGGGCGCGGGCGCUGCCGCCGGGCGCGGUCGCCGCGGAGCCGCCGUCGCCGCACAGAAAGCAAGAGUUGGAUAGUAGUCCCCCUCCAAGGCAGCCCGGGAAACCACCAGACCCUGGGCGUCCAGUUCAGCCUGGUCUCAGCAAGAGCAGAACCACAGACACUUUUAGGUCAGAGCAGAAAUUGCCUGGAAGGAGCCCUUCCACUAUUAGCUUGAAAGAAUCCAAGUCCAGGACUGAUUUCAAGGAAGAGCACAAGUCCAGUAUGAUGCCUGGUUUCCUCUCAGAGGUCAACCCUCUAAGUGCUGUCUCCUCUGUUGUAAAUAAAUUCAACCCUUUUGAUUUGAUAUCAGACUCUGAGGCAUCCCAGGAAGAAGCCACCAAGAAACAAAGAACAGCUCAGAAGGACCAAGGAAAACCCGAGGGUGUCACAAAACCUCCCUCACAGCAGUCACCCAAGCCAGUUCCUAAGCAGCAAGGACCUGCCAGGGACUCUGUUCAGCAAGAGGGCUCUCCCCAGUCAGUACCUUCCCAGCAAGCCGAGAAAGUUAAAUCUCAGCCUCCUGGGGCAGGAACGCCAGCUCAGGGGCCUCUGCCACCUCCUCAGACAGACCAGGCAAAGUCACCACUUCAGUGUGAUGCAGCCAAGCUUCAGGCUAAGCCAUCAGACCCUGGAUGGGGAGAGGCAGCUAAACCCCUGCAGCACAGCCUGUCCAAGCUCACUGUGCAGCUGGCAGGUCCUGGGAAGCCUCCAGCCCAGCAACCUGGACCCGAAAAAUCACAGCCCGGGCCUGCAAAGCCUGCACUCCAGCAACCAGGGCUAGCAAAGGCCCUAGGACCACAGCCAGGGAUAGUAAAGCACCCUGCCCAGCAGCUGGGGACCCCGAAAUCCACCGCUCAGCAGCCUGCACCACAGUCUCCAGCCAAGACCCUUGGGCCUACAAAGACUCCAGCUCAGCCUGGGCCAGGAAAGACUCCGGUUCAACAGCCAGGCCCAGCAAAGCCCCCAGCUCAGCAGCCGGGUCCAGCAAAGCCUUCAUCUCAACAACCAGGCCUGCCAAAGCCCCAAGCUCAGCAGCCAGGUCGAGGAAAACCCGCAGCACAACAUCCAGGCCCAGGCAAACCCUUAGCUCAGCAAUCUUCAAAACCAGUAACUGGGAAACCUCCACAACCACCACCAACUUCUCCAUCUGUAACUCAGAUUCCAGUACAAGACUCCUCUAAAACCAUCUGUCCUCUUUGCAACACCACUGAACUUCUGUUACAUGUUCCAGAAAAGGCCAAUUUUAACACAUGCACUGAGUGUCAAACCACUGUCUGUAGCCUCUGUGGAUUUAAUCCCAAUCCUCAUUUAACCGAGGUGAAGGAGUGGCUGUGUUUAAACUGUCAGAUGCGAAGAGCUCUAGGGGGUGAGGUGGCUCCGAAGCCGCCCUUGUCACCCCAGCCCAAACCCAAGACCACCCCUGUGGUGCCUGCAGCGGCCCUGAGCAGAGCCUCCCCGCAGGCCCCACGGGCUUCCCUGAAGAAGGAUCCUGCACCCAAGCAGGAUUCUGCCAAGGGCCCUGAGACCAAGAAGCCCCCACCACUUGUGAAGCAUCUGACCCUCCAGGGCCUCUCACCUGCCCCCGCCAAGGAGCCUGCAGCUGCAGAGCCCCCCUCCCAGCCCGGUGCCCCACCGGGGCAGGCCAAGGCCCCCACUGCCCAUGACAGACCAAAGCAGCCCCCGACAGGAAAGCCUGCCACAGACUCGCAGCCUUCAGUGCCUGCAGCAGGCAAGCCUGAGUGCCCCAGCUCUGUCCAGCCGCAGGCUGCAGAGCAGGCAGCGCCUCCUGCAAAUACAGAGUCCACCAAGCCCUCCCAGAGCUGCCCCCCAGCUGGUCAGAAAGUCACUCCACUGGACUCCAAAGCCAUGCCUCGGCCUGCAGCGGAUUCCAAGAUUAUCUCACUCCUCGGGCCCAGCUCGGAGAGCAGAGAUCAAAAGCAAGCUGACCCUGUUCCAAAGAAGGAGGAACCCAAGAUGGCACAAACCCAAAUGAGCCCCAAACCAGAAGCCCAGCCGAUGCCAAAAGGGUCAGCAACGCCCCCUGGCCCAAGAGCUCCCUCUGGCCAAACUGCCCCCACACCUCUACAGCCCUCGAAGCCUCAGGAGCAGUCCCGACGUUUCAGUCUCAGUCUGGGGGGCACCACCGACACCCCGAAGUCCCAGCCCACAACUCCUCAAGAGUCCGUGACUGGGAAGCUCUUUGGGUUAGGGGCGUCGAUCUUCAGCCAGGCAUCGAAUUUAAUUUCCACGGCAGGCCAGCCUGGACUUCAUUCCCAAGGAGGGCCAGCAGCUCCAUCUAAACAAGCUGCUCCCCCUUCCCAGGCCCCUGCUUCUCAGGGGCCCCCCAAACCCACCGGACAGGCAGCACCAGCACCUGGGAAGGGCGCCCCUGUGAAAAAGGAAACGAAAACUCCCAUGGCUGAGAAGGCAGAGCCCAAAGCUGAACCGGCUGCAGCAGGGAAAAGAGCAGAAGCGGACAAGAAGCGCCCCCUUGCCAAGGAGAGCAGACCUCCAGCAGCUGAGCCUCGAAGGGCCGUGCAGCCCCCCACGCUGGAGAGAGCCCCCAAACCCAAAGCAGCCUGUCCACUCUGCAGAACUGAACUCAGUGUAGGUCCUCAGGGCCCUCCUAACUUCAACAUUUGCACAGAAUGCAAGAGUCAAGUGUGCAAUCUCUGUGGAUUUAACCCCAUGCCCCACUUGACUGAGAUUCAAGAAUGGCUGUGUUUAAAUUGCCAAACUCGGAGAGCGAUAUCCGGACAGCUUGGAGAUAUGGGCAAAAUGCCACCAAUACCCUCUGGACCCAAAGCGUCCCCUGUGCCUGGCCCCACAGAGCACCCAUCUCAGAAAGCAGCAGUGGCUGCCCAGGGAAAAUUGAAAAAGAAGGAAGCAGAAGUAAAAACCGAGGCUGAAGAACCCAUUCCAGAAAAGGUAAAAGAAACAGCUUCAAGUGAAAAGACUUCUAAGGUAACCUCUGAUCCAAAACAAGAAGAGAGUAAAGUGGAGAAAGACAAAGUUUCAACCCUUCCAGAUAAAAAGCCACUGCCCAAAGAAGAAAAGCUGCUUUCAGAAGAAAGAACGUUGACCACCAAAGAAAAGACACCACCUCUGGAAGAGAAGAAGGUGCCCCUUGAAGAAAAGGGCCCAAUGCCUGAAGACAUGAGGUUAUCUUCAGAAGCAAAAACAUCGGCCCUGGAAGAGGAAGACAAAUGUGCAGCAGUUGAACCUGUAGUACAGAUCGCUGAAGAGAAGUCCAGAGACAGAGGGGCUCCCGAGAGGGUGCCAGAGGAGCAGCAGUCACAGCCCCAGAUGGGAGGUCCGCCGCCUGGCCCAGUGCAGACUUUGCCCUCGGAGGAGGAUAGGACAGCGGAGAGGAUGGGGCAGCCACAGGCUGCAGGCCCGGCAAAGCCUGAACAGGUGGAACCCGGGAGAGAAAAAACAGACAAGGAGGAGGACAAGUCUGACACCUCAAGCUCUCAGCAGCCUAAAAGCCCGCAAGGUCUGAGUGACACAGGAUAUUCUUCGGAUGGAAUAUCAGGUUCCCUUGGUGAAAUUCCAAGUCUUAUUCCCAGCGAUGAGAAGGAUUUGCUCAAGGAACUCAAAAAGGACACUUUUUCCCGAGAAAGCAGCCCCUCCAGCCCCUCCGACCUGGCCAAGUUGGAAAGCACGGUCCUCUCCAUCCUGGAAGCCCAGGCAACUACUCUGGUGGACGAAGGGCCAGACAAGAAGGCGCAACCCCCGGAGGCCUGCCCAGAACAACCUAGGGGCCCGCAGGGAGCUCAGGGACUCUCCAGAACCGUGGGCAGGAGUGCGGCAGAAGGCGGGCUCGGGCAGCGCCAGGAGGAGAAGGACGCUUCGGAGAAGGGGCGCCAGGGCCCCCCGGGGGACAGCAGCGAGGGCGAGACCUCGCCUGUGCCGCCCAGGAAGCGCGGGGCCAGCGUGGGCUCCUCCAGUAGCGAGGAGGACAAGCAGGACAGCGCAGGCUCGGGCGACGGGGAGGAGGAGGAGGAGGACUUCAUCCGCAAGCAGAUCCUGGAGGUGAGCGCUGACGAGGACGAGGACGCCUCUGGCUCCGACGACCAGGACUCGGCGAUGCGGCGGCGGCUGCAUGAGCCAGGGGCGCCCGAGGCAGCGCGGGGCAGGGCCCGGGCCACGGCCGUGCGCCACCGCCGGGCCCCGCGCAAGGGCGCUGCGGCGCAGGACGAGGACGCGGGCCGCCGGCACUCAUGGCACGAAGAGGAGGACGAGGCCGCGGACGACAGCCCCGAGGGCAGAGGCGGGGAGACCAAGAGCCAGGAGGGCGAGGAGCGGGCACCGGCCGGCGGGGGCCUGCGGCGCUUCAAGACCAUCGAGCUGAGCUCGGCCGAGCAGCGGCGCGCGCUCUUCCCCGACGAGGAGCCGGAGCUAGAGAUGGAGAGCCUGACCGACUCGCCCGAGGACCGCUCCCGCGGCGAGGGCUCCUCCAGCCUGCACGCCUCCAGCUUCACGCCCGGCACCUCGCCCACGUCCGUGUCGUCGCUGGAUGAGGACAGCGACAGCAGCCCGAGCCACCGCUCCGGCGAGAGCAAGCAGACGCGCAAGGCCCGGCACCGCGGCCACGGCCCGCCGCUGCCCACCAUCGAGGACUCCUCGGAGGAGGAGGAGCUGCGCGAGGAGGAGCAGCUGCUGCGGGAGCAGGAGAAGCAGCGCGAGGCGGAGCAGCAGCAGAGGCGCGGCUCGGGCAGGAGGUCCAAGAAGGACAAGGACGAGCUUCGGGCGCAGCGGCGGCGCGAGCGGCCCCGGACGCCGCCCAGCAACCUCUCGCCCAUCGAGGACGCGUCACCCACCGAGGAGCUGCGGCAGGCGGCCGAGAUGGAGGAGCUGCGCCGCUCCUCCUGCUCCGAGUACUCGCCCAGCCUCGAGUCCGACCCCGAGGGCUUCGAGGUCAGCCCCGAGAAGAUCCUGGAGGUCCAGCAGGUGUACAGGCUGCCCGCCGCCCUGUCCCUGGGCUCGCCGGCGGACGAGCGGGCCCUCGCGCUCGGGGAAGGCGCUCCGCACGCGCCGCGAAGCGCCAGGGACCUGUACGAGGAGGGGGUGCAGAGACCCCCGCGGCCCCGGGUGCUCCCGGCCACGAGCGAGCGGGACGAGGUCCUGGACAAGGAGCCGCUGUACGGCGGGAUGCUGAUAGAGGACUACAUCUACGAGUCUCUGGUGCGGGACUCGUUCGGGCCGUCCGACGGCGGCCUGCUGCCCAGGCCGGACGAGGACGGCGAGUUCCCCGCGCAGAGAGGAGGGGAGCAGCCGGCAGGGCCCCCGGGGGGCGCACGCGCGGGCUCCGCGCAGAAGGGCUUGGGCUUCCCUGACGAGCUUCCGGGGCUGGAGCGCCUGCGCCCCAUGGCGCCGCGGGAGGACAUCGUGUGCAGCUCGUACAUCAUCCCCGAGAGCCCCGAGAUAGUGGACCUGGAUUCUCCGGUGACUUCCGCGGGCGAAGAAAAGCAGCUGCUGGAUGCCGACGCGGCCUACGAGGCGCUCCUGAGGCGGCAGCACAUGCAGCUGCGCCCCAGCCCGGCCCCCGCGGAGCUCGAGGCGGCGGUGGACGCCGACAGGGUGCCCGACGCCUCGCUGACCUCCAGCGUCCUCUCGGCCGCCUCGCUGACAGACUCCACCAGCAGCGCCACCCUGUCCAUCCCGGAUGUGCGAAUCACGCAGCACUUUUCCACAGAAGAAACAGAGGAUGAGUACGUGACCGAUUACUCGGGGGAGCUCCGCGAGGUCACCGCCCAGGAGUCACCGAUCCUGGCCUCCUGGGAGCCUUCAGAGAGCGCCGCGUCCGCCCCGCCGUGGGACACGGCUUCCCUCACCUCCUCCCUGUCCUCUAUCUGCACCACCGGCAGCUCCUCGCCCGUCGGCACCCUGCACGGCCUGGGCACAGUGGGCACAGGGCCGGCAGACACGGUAGCCCAGUCUGAGGGUUCCGCGCAGACUUCCUCCUCGACCUACCUUCCUGGGAGCGUCAUUGACUACCCGGAGGAGAUAAGCCGCCCUUCCAGGGGACAGAGCGGCGCCCCAGCAAGCAGCUCCGGAGCGGAGCUCAUGGCGAUUCCCGAACCCGAGGCUGCAGAGGCUGCACCUCGUGUCCCUGCAGCCCCGGGAACCGAUGCUGAGGGGCCCAGCGCCCACUCUCCUGUGUCUGAAAAAGCGGCGAAGGAGCCCGGUGAUGGGGCUAUUCUGGACGUUUUGGACGCGUAUGAAGAUAAAAGCAAAGAGCCUGAGACUGAACCCAGGGAAACAAUCUUGGGUGAAGCUGCGUGUGCCCAGCCUGCCUCUCCUGCCUGGGCCCCUCCAGGGAUGGCGCCGGUGGCGGAGCCGCCCGCCUCUGCCUACUUCAGACCCAGUGAGGGCGUGGGUCAGGAAAGCCCGCCCUCUCACCUGGCCCCUGGCUCUGGCAGCCCCUCGGCAUCCUCCCUGCCAGCCCAGUCUCGACCCUUCUCCCGAAGCACCUCUCUGGACAUCUCAGCCCCGCCGCCACCGCCGCCAGCAUCACCUAAACCAGCUGUUCUCCCUAAGCGAAAGCCCACGGCUGCUGCUCCCCUGACUCCAGCUACCACAGUGGAGCCUCUGGUUGAUGCUGUCACUACUGCAGGGGCAGAGGCUGCCCUGAGGAGCAGUGAGUCACCUGGGACAAAAAUGUGCACGGCGGCUCCCCCUCCUGUGCCUCCCAAGCCUUCCUCCAUCCGCACUGCACUCAUAUUCACACACAGGCCCGAGCCAAGCAAACCUCCCAUUGCCCCCAAACCAGCAGGUCCUCAGCUCCCGGGCGUGGCCCAGAAACCCGCAGGUCUGUCAUUGGGUCCAAGUAUGACCUUGGACCUCGAGCCCCCCACAGAGUACAGGCCGCCUUCCCCUACUCCCCCACUCUCCCCACACUCCAGCAAGUCCUCCCCGAGGGUUCCCAAAUCCCUCAUGGAAACGUAUGUGGUUAUUACACUGCCCUCAGAACCGGGGACGCCCACCGAUUCUCCCAGCCAGGCGAUGACCAGCUGGGCCCUGGGAUCCCCCCCAAAGGAGCUGGUUUCCACUGAACCAGUGUUUUCUGUAAUUCCUCCUGUGAGCUCUGCAGAAAUUCCAGAUUCUUCUCAGCCAACCCUGUACCUCGAAGGAACUGUGGGCACAUUUUCAGCUGCCACGACAGUGGCGAUGCUGUCUCCUUUUCAGGGUGCUCCAGUGUCAGAUCCACAGUUUCUCCCAGUCCAGGUCUACAAGGCGGAGGCUCCAGCAGCCAGAAGUACCUUCGCCAGCACUGGUCCUGGCAGCGUUUCCAUAUCAAUUCCUCCCGAGCCGCUUGCUCUAGAUAACCUACACCUAGAGAAACGUCAGUACAAAGAAAAUGGAAAGCUGCAACUUGUUGGUGACGCCAUUGACCUGCGUACAGUACCCAAAGCAGAUGUGAAAGCUACUGAAAAAUGCGUGGACCUUUCUGCCUCUGCAGUGGAUGUGAAGAGACAGAUGAUGGCGAAUGACACGUAUGGGAGGCAAGUGAGUGUGGUGCAGCCUUCUGUCAUCAAUCUCAGUCCAGUGUCAUCAGGGGCAGCUCCAGUCUCCCUGGACACCAAGGCGGCGAAUGUCGUCACAUGCACAACUACUGCCAGUUACACGACAGCUACAGAAAGCCUGGUGGGAGUGGAACAUGCGAUCCCAGCCCCACUGCAACUCACUACAUCAAAGCACGCGGAGCCCCCCUACAGGGUGCCCAGCACCCAGGCCUUCCCCCCACCUAGGGAGGAAGCCCCGAUAAACCUGUCUCUAGGUCCUUCAGCACAUGCAGCCCCAUUGCCCAUUACAAAACCUGUCACCGCGCCUCCCGUUGGGGUCACAAAUGGAUGGACUGAUAGCACAACAUCCCAGGCAAUCCUGGAGGGGGAAGUAGUGGAUCUCAGCACAACAAAGUCUCACAGAACUGUUGUAACCAUAGGCGACUCUACUUCCGGAGUGGUGACCAAAAUAAUAGAAGAUGAUGAGAAACCUGUUGAUUUGACUGCAGGAAGAAGGGCUGUGUGCUGUGAUGUGGUCUCUAAGUUGCCUUUCGGAAGGAGCUGCACGGCCCAGCAGCCUGCAGCCACUCUUCCCGAGGACCGCUUUGGUUAUAGGGAUGACCACUAUCAGUAUGGCAGGUCGGGGCCAUAUGGUUAUAGAGGGGUCGGUGGAAUGAAACCCUCCAUGUCCGACACUAAUUUAGCAGAAGCUGGACAUUUUUUCUAUAAAAGUAAGAAUGCUUUUGAUUAUUCUGGAGGCGCUGAUGCAGCAGUAGAUCUAACUUCAGGGAGAAUUUCUACAGGUGAGGUAAUGGAUUAUUCAAGCAAGACUACAGGUGCGUAUCCAGAAACACGACAAGUCAUUUCGGGAGCUGGGAUCAGCACCCCACAGUAUUCCACAGCAAGAAUGACCCCGCCUCCAGGACCCCAGUAUGGUGUGGGCAGUGUUCUGAGGUCAUCUAAUGGUGUCGUCUAUUCUUCGGUAGCGACUCCAGUCCCCUCCACCUUUGCGAUCACCACACAGCCUGGCUCCAUUUUCAGCACCACCAUAAGGGAUUUGUCUGGCAUUCACACAGCCGACUCGGUGACUUCGCUGUCCGUCCUGCACCAGAGCCAGCCACUGCCGAGAUCCUAUUUCAUAACCACCGGUUCAUCUGAGACAGACGUUGCAGUAACUGGUGUUGACAUCAGUGCCAGUUUGCAGACGAUUACUAUGGAAGCUCUGACCGCAGAGGCCAUAGACUCCGUUCCCACGUUGACCACAGUGGCUGAAGUGUUUUCUCAAGUGGUGGGAGAUGAAAGCACUCUCUUAAUUGUCCCCGAGGAAGACAAGCAACAGCAGCAACUCGACUUGGAGCGUGAACUCUUGGAACUGGAGAAAAUCAAGCAACAGCGCUUUGCUGAGGAACUGGAGUGGGAACGUCAGGAAAUCCAGAGGUUCCGAGAACAGGAAAAGAUCAUGGUUCAAAAGAAGCUGGAGGAGCUGCAGUCUAUGAAACAGCACCUGCUCUACCAGCAGGAAGAAGAGCGGCAGGCCCAGCUAAUGAUGAGGCAGGAGACCCUGGCUCAGCAGCAGCUGCAGCUGGAGCAGAUCCAACAGCUGCAGCAGCAGCUUCACCAGCAGCUGGAGGAGCAGAAGAUCCGCCAGAUCUACCAGUACAACUAUGAACCCUCGGGAGCGGCUUCUCCCCAGGCCCCCGCAGAGCAGGCCGUCCUGGAGGGUCCGUAUGCGGCCCCCGAAGGCGCUCGGUUCUGGGCCCCUGAGGACGCGACCACCACAGCGUCUGGAGGGGUGGCCCUGGAGAUCCCCCAGGCCCAGGGCUGGUACGCGGUGCAGUCAGACGGGGUCACGCAGUACAUCGCCCCGCCCGGCAUCCUGAGCACCGUCUCCGAGAUUCCUCUGACGGACGUUGUCGUCAAGGAGGAAAAGCAGCCCAGAAAAAGAAGCUCUGGAGCCAAGGCCCGGGGUCAGUAUGACGAGCUGGGGAGGGGCGCAGCGGAGGACCCCCGGGGCGCUAGGAAGAUCGUGGACAGCGGCGUGCAGACCGACGAUGAGGACGCCGCCGAGCGGAGCUAUGCGAGCAGACGGAGGAGGCCCCGGAAGGGCGUGGACACCAGCGUGCAGACAGAUGACGAGGACCAGGACGAGUGGGACGCGCCCGGCAGGUCACGGAGGAAGGCCCGCGUGGGGAAGGGCGCGGACGGCGGCGCGGAGGCGGACAAGGCCAGAGCCCCCUCCAAGGCGACCAGCGUCGCGGUCCAGACCGUGGCCGAGAUCUCUGUCCAGACUGAGCCCGUGGGGACCAUCCGGACACCCUCCGUCCGAGCCCGCGAGGACGCCAAGGUAGAAAUCGUUAAACACAUUUCAGCUCCCGAAAAGACUUUCAGAGGGGGGAGCCUGGGAUGUCAGACAGAAGCAGACUCGGACACGCAGAGCCCUCAGUAUCUGAGCGCCUCUUCUCCCAGAGACAAGAAGCGCCCAACACCUCUGGAGAUCGGUUACUCCUGCCACCUCCGGGCAGACUCCGCCCUGCAGCCAGCGCCUUCGCCGCCCAAAUCUCCAAAAGUCCUUUACUCACCCAUCUCACCCCUCUCCUCAGCCAAAGCCUUAGAAUCAGCCUUUGUACCUUAUGAAAAGCCCCUCCCUGACGAAAUCAGUCCGCAGAAAGUACUGCACCCGGACAUGGCCAAAGCACCCCCCGCGAGCCCUAAGACAGCCAAGACGAUGCAGCGGUCGCUGUCUGACCCCAAGCCUCUGAGCCCAACCGCAGAGGAGAGUUCCAGGGCUCCUUUUCAGUAUACCGAGGGCUUCACGACAAAGGGGUCUCAAACCACGACAGCCUCUGGCUCCCAGAAGAAGGUGAAGCGAACGCUGCCGCCCCCGCCCCCCGAGGAGGCGCCCGCGGGGACCCCGGUCGGCCUGGGCCCCGUGGGCAGCGCGUCCCGGAGGAGGACCUGCAGGACCAACAGCAUGGCGCGGGCCAAGAUCCUGCAGGACAUCGACCGGGAGCUGGACCUGGUGGAGCGGGAGUCGGCGAAGCUCAGGAAGAAGCAGGCCGAGCUGGACGAAGAAGAGAAGGAGAUCGACGCCAAGCUGCGCUACCUGGAAAUGGGGAUCAACCGGAGGAAGGAGGCUUUGCUGAAGGAGCGGGAGGAGCGGGAGCGAGCCUACCUGCAGGGCGUGGCCGAAGACCGGGACUACGUGUCCGACAGCGAGGUCAGCGGCGCCAGCCCGGCCCGCGUGGAGCGGCCCCGCACCGCGCCCCAGCCAGAGUUCGGCCAGUUCCUGCCGCCUCAGACCCAGGCCCAGGCCCAGGUCCAGAGCCAGUUCCCCUACUCGGCCCCGGCCCGGCCCACCCAGGCGCCCACCGCCUACACCCAGCAGCCGGCGCUGUUCCACCCGCAGGGGCCUCCCUUCCAGGCCCAGGCCGCCCUCCAGGCCGUGGCCACCCUGUCCUUCCCACCUUACCCCGCUGCGCGCCCCGCCCCAGCCCAGCCUGCGCCCACCCCGCAGCCGUCCUACCCGCUGCCCUCACAGGUGAUGCUGAUCCAGCAGAAGGCGCGCCAGCCCGCGCUCUACCUGGAGCCCAAGAUCACCUCGAACUACGAGGUGGUCCGCAACCAAGCCCUGGUGAUCGCGCCCGUCUCCACCGACGCUACCUACGCCGUCUCCCACCUGGGCGGCAAGUAUAGCAGUCUAGACCUGCGCAUGGGCUUGGAGGAGCGCAGCAGCAUGGCCAGCAGCCCGAUCUCCAGCAUCUCCGCCGACUCCUUCUACGCAGACAUGGACAGCCACACCUCGCGGAACUAUGUCCUCAUCGAUGACAUGGGACAGAUCGCCAAAGGGACAGCGCCACUGAGCUCGGCCUUCAGCCUCCAUGAAAAGGAUCUGUCCAAAGCGGACCGCCUGCUGAGGACCACGGAGACUCGCAGGUCCCAAGAAAUGACGGAGUUCCUCGCACCCCUGCAGCCCUCCUCCCGACUCCACAGCUACGUGAAAGCAGAGGAAGAAGCCAUGGAGGAUCCUUACGAGUUAAAGCUCCUGAAACAUCAGAUCAAGCAGGAAUUCCGCAGAGGGGCAGAGAGCUUGGACCACCUCGCUGGGCUUUCCCAUUACUACCACGCGGACACCAGCUACAGACAUUUCCCCAAAUCGGAGAAGUACAGCAUCAGCAGACUCACGCUGGAAAAACAAGCGGCCAAGCAACUGCCCGCAGCCAUACUUUACCAAAAGCAGUCAAAGCACAAAAAGUCACUGAUUGACCCUAAAAUGUCAAAGUUUUCACCUAUUCAAGAAAGUAGAGACCUUGAACCUGACUAUUCCAGCUAUAUGACUUCCAGCACUUCCUCCAUUGGUGGUAUUUCUUCUAGGGCAAGACUUCUUCAGGAUGAUAUCACUUUUGGCCUCAAAAAAAAUAUUACAGACCAACAGAAAUUCUUGGGGUCCUCCCUGGGCUCAGGGCUGGGUACUUUAGGAAGCACCAUCCGGUCGGCUCUGCAGGACGAAGCAGAUAAGCCCUAUGGCAGCGGCAGCAGGUCCAGGCCCUCCUCCCGCCCCUCCUCUGUCUAUGGGCUCGAUCUGUCGAUUAAAAGGGAUUCUUCCAGCUCAUCUCUAAGACUGAAAGCGCAAGAGGCUGAAGUUCUCGACGUUUCCUUUGGUCAUGCAUCCGCCUCAGGCAGAACUAAGCCCACCAGUCUGCCGAUUAGCCAAAGUCGAGGGAGAAUACCCAUCGUGGCCCAGAAUUCAGAAGAAGAGAGUCCGCUCAGUCCCGUUGGCCAGCCCAUGGGAAUGGCCAGGGCUGCAGCGGGGCCUCUGCCACCCAUAUCUGCAGACACAAGGGACCAGUUCGGAUCUAGCCACUCACUGCCUGAGGUUCAGCAGCACAUGAGAGAGGAAUCUCGGACUCGAGGGUAUGACCGGGACAUCACAUCCAUCAUAGACGACUUCCAGCACGCCAUGUCAGACAGCGAAGCCUAUCACUUGCGUCGCGAGGAAACGGACUGGUUCGACAAACCCAGAGAAUCGCGUCUGGAGAACGGACAUCUGGACCGGAAGCUGCCAGAAAGAUUGGUCCACUCUCGGCCGCUCAGUCAACACCAAGAGCAAAUUUUACAGAUGAAUGGGAAGACGGUGCACUACAUCUUUCCCCAUGCGCGGAUAAAAAUAACAAGAAACUCCAAGGAUCACACAGUUUCAGGUAAUGGUCUAGGAAUUAGGAUUGUGGGUGGCAAAGAAAUCCCUGGACAUAAUGGAGAAAUUGGAGCCUAUAUUGCCAAGAUUCUUCCCGGGGGAAGUGCAGAACAGACAGGGAAGCUCGUGGAAGGGAUGCAAGUACUGGAGUGGAAUGGAAUCCCCUUAACUUCUAAAACAUAUGAAGAAGUACAGAGCAUCAUUAGUCAGCAGAGUGGGGAAGCAGAAAUAUGUGUAAGACUGGAUCUCAACAUGCUCUCAGAUUCUGAAAAUCUCCAGCACAUGGAACUCCAUGAGCCACCCAAAGCCGUGGAUAAAGCCAAGUCCCCAGGGGUGGACCCCAAGCAGUUGGCCGCUGAGCUGCAGAAGGUCUCGCUGCAGCAGUCCCCACUGGUGCUGGCGUCCGUCGUGGAGAAGGGGUCGCACGGUCACUCGGGGCCGGCCUCCGCGGGGUCCAGUUCCGUCCCCAGCCCGGGCCAGCCAGGGUCGCCAUCCGUGAGCAAAAAGAAACACAGCAGCAGCAAGCCUACCGAUGCCACAAAGGCUGUUUCUCAUCCAAUUACUGGAGAAAUUCAGCUUCAAAUCAACUAUGACCUUGGAAAUCUCAUAAUACACAUUCUCCAAGCAAGAAACCUCGUGCCUCGUGACAACAAUGGCUACUCGGACCCUUUUGUGAAAGUCUACCUUCUUCCCGGGCGAGGCCAAGUCAUGGUUGUCCAGAAUGCAAGUGCUGAGCACAAGAGAAGGACUAAAUAUGUUCAGAAAAGUCUUAAUCCUGAGUGGAAUCAAACAGUCAUUUAUAAAAGUAUUUCCAUGGAACAGCUCAAGAAGAAAACCCUGGAGGUGACUGUCUGGGAUUAUGACCGAUUUUCUUCCAAUGACUUCCUGGGGGAGGUCCUGAUAGACCUCUCCAGCUCUUCGCAUCUGGACAACACUCCGCGGUGGUACCCGCUGCGGGAGCAGACGGACAGCCUGGACCACGGCCAGGCCCACACCGGCCCGGGCAGCCAGGCGGCCCCGAAGCCGGCCGUCAUCAAGAGCCGGAGCCACGGCAUCUUCCCGGACCCGGCCAAGGACAUGCAGGUGCCCACCAUGGAGAAGUCGCACAGCAGCCCGGGCAGCUCCAAGUCGUCGUCCGAAGGCCACCUACGCUCGCACGGCCCUUCGCGCAGCCAGAGCCGCGGCAGCGUGGCGCAGCACCUGGAGGACGCGGGCCACGCCAUCGCCGCCGCUGAGGCCGCGCAGCAGCGCGCGCCCCCAAGUAAAAGGCGCAGAUAGCAGCAUGGCCCUCCCGCCCGCUUCUGUCCGCACCCGCCCCGCCCUGUCUUGUCCGUGUGAACCAGCAGCGACCCAUACACAGGCUCUUCCGUGCUUGUUUUCUUCCAUUUCUUAUUUUUUUUAAUUCACAUAGACUGCAGUAAAACUGGCUGUUUCUCCUCUGUCUCCGCCCUCCGUCCAACCGGUUCAUGGUACCUAGCAGCCAUGUCCGUGACGUUCGCAGGCCAAGCAAUGUUGUGUGUCCUUCUAUGUGUGCCUCAGUACCCUUUCGAUUACAGGGAUUAUAAGCACAAGGGGCUGCCAGUUUUCCAGGCAUUGCACAAAAAAAAAAAAAAAAAAAAAAAAAAAAA